UACACAUCACGGCGGUCAGCCAGCCUACAGCCAGAAGGAGAAAAGUCUCAUUCAAAAUCACGGCAGGACUCACUCACACCGACCUGGACCAUGAGCAAUGAUCUUCCAGUCCUGACAAGUCUGACGGAGAGCUCCACUGACGUGCCUGUGUCGGCCGGUCAGGUGGAGAACUAUGUUCUGCUGCUGGUGCUUCUGAGUGUGUUUGCCGGGGGGACUCUGGUGCUCCUCUCCCUGCUGCUCCUCUUCUGCCAUCGCUGCUGUUUGGGCGGGCGCCGGUACUCCAGAGCGAGUGAUGACCCUGAGAAGACAAACACCACCUAUGCUGAAGAUUCUCAGCCCACUCAAGAAAUCACUAUUCGUCUGGACGAAUCUGAUGCUCUCUCAGCAUCAAGUUGCCAUGAUGGAGAGUCGGAGCGAUUCGUCUCCACUGGCUCCACCGGCCGCAGAGUGUCCUUCAACGAAUCUGCUCUCUACGAACAGGAGAAAACCACUCAGGACAAAGGUCGCAGGUACACUCUGACCGAAGGAGACUUCCACCACCUUAAGAAGGCCAGGCUGACCCACCUUCACCUGCCUCCAGCGCCAUGCGACCUGAAAAUCCUCACUAUCAUGGAGUGUGAGUCCACAGAGAGCAGCUCCACCAACAUCAAUGAGAGUGGAGCGUCCAAAUUACCCCUCACCAUCUACCAGCCUGGUGAGAGGCGAGUUUCUGACUGGAUGGGGCAGAGUCUGAGCGGGGGUCUGCCAGGAGACCCACAUCACUCCAUCAUCCUGGACCAGGGAUGCAGGAAGUCCUCAUCGGCCACGAAGCCACAGCACACACGCUCCCAGACAAUGGAGGCUCUGGGGGACAAAAGGGAGGCUGAGGGCAUCAGUGGACAGAGAGGAGAGUCUUUGCAAUCACUGGGCCAGACUUCCGUUCUACAUUUUCUCUCCAAACUGCGCCGUCACGCCAGCCUGGAGGGUGCUGGGCCUUACUUUAGAAGGUGGAAGUUUGACACCAGUCACAGGGCAGCCAGCCUGGAUGCCAAAGGAUCCCCAAAGAGGAAGCCCUUCCAAAGACAAAGGGCAGCAAGUGAAAACACAGAGCACACCGAAGACGACUCGUCUCCUCUCUGUGAUGACGCCUUUGAGUCUUUUCCGCACACCCCCAUCCAGACCGCGGGAUUCCAGUCCCUCUCUGCAGAGUCUCUGUCUCAUCCUGGAAUGGCGCCUGCAUCUUCAGUCUUCCUCAAGAGGCUCAAACUGGAGGCCAUGGUGGAGGUUGGAGACGGCUCCAGCCCCUCCAGGACGGAGGAACUCAUAAUGCCAUCGCUUCUGGGCCAAAGGGGAGAAGAGGCCACAGUCAACGGAGCAGAACCAGAAAAGGAGACCGUGUUCGGAGCUGAUGUUGCAACAGGAGCUGCGGAAGAUGGGCCUAGAUCUGCAGAAGAUGACGACGACCUGUUUGGAUCAGAACAGGAUGCCAUCAUGCAGGAAACUUUUGAAGAUCUGCUAAGAGACACAGAAAAUGGCAGCACUGAGGCCGAUGUGAGGAAAAAGAACGGGGUGAGCAUGGACGAUGGAGACGAGGUGGUGUUGGGAGCUGAGGGCAGGCGGAGAACGGACUCCUUCACGACUCGCAGGGAGAGCCUGGAAGCCCCGCCUUCUCUGUACAGAGACAUUUGGAGUUUGCGUGCCUCCCUGGAGCAGUACGCCUCCUCAGAUCAGAGCAGCACAGACCGAGAGUCCAUCCGAAGCGACGCCGACAGCGUUUCAUCAUUCGGUGGCGCUGGAGCUCGCUCCGGCCUGGACAGCUGCUUGUCACAAGAGCUAGAUGAUGAGCCUGAAGGAGACGGGGAGGCGGAGGGGGUGGAUGGAGGAGCCAGUGGACCAUCGGCUGUGGACAGUGAGGUGGGAAACGGAGCUGGGGGGGACGGCGAAGGAGGAAACAGGAAGCUCCUUCAAAUGGACAGCGGCUACGCCUCCAUCGAAGCUCCAUCCAGGGCACCCGAGGACAUGCGGCUGUUUGGGACCCCGGGCGCCCCCCGGGGGAAGACGGCAUCUGAGAGGAGGCUGUUUUUCACCAACUCUGGGAGAAAAGGUUCUGUGUGCGAGAGCGUAGAUGCCCGGCUCUUUCAGGAGGAGCUGGAGGACCAGAUAGCUGACACCCCAGAUGGAGAAGAGACGCUAAAGCAGAGGUCAGUCGUUCCACAAGAGCCAUAUCAACUCCCCAAACCCCUCCAUCCUCAGAAACCUUCAGAAUCUCAGCUGAUGUCUCCACUGCUGAAGUCAGUCCCAAACCCUUCCAGUCCUCACCGACCUCGCCUCCGACAUCGUGACUACAGCAUCGACGAGAAGACGGACGCCCUUUUUAACGAGUUCCUGCGCCACGACCCUCGCUUCGACCAGCAGGACUCUCCCAUCCGCUCCAGACACAGAUCCAGAGUCCACCUCCGCAAACAGUGGCAAAGACACAAGCAAUACAGCGACCCUGGAUCAGCCUCGGGGGGCAGGUACUCUCCAUCUUUGGAGAGGCAAAGGUUCACCCCGCUGAGGAGGGGCGACAGUGCGGGGUACCCCCUGGACACCAGAUAUCACAGCACCCUGUCCCGCAUAGCGAGUGCAGCCGAUGAAGAGGCCAGCGAGGUUGCCGCUUCUGAAGAAGCAGCCAAAGAAAGAGCAGAGAGCAAAGACCAGAACGAGGGAGCAGAGAGCGUGACCAAAAAACCAACCGAAGGAUCAGACCAAACAAAAGGCGACGACUGCCGAGAGAGGCCACCCUUCAUGGACCCAAGAGUGGACAACAGGAACAACAACAGCAGCCAGGCCAUCCUAUCAGAGAGCAGUCUGGCUGACAAGCUGGUGGCUUCGGUGGAGGAGAGGCUUUACGGCGGCCUGCAGGGCGCAGAGAGGCAGGGAGGGUCAGAGCACGUGCUCACGGCGUCCCACACGGCCUCGCCUGGAUUCAGUCCCACAUAAUCCACUUUCAUAAUCCGCGCUUCAUCGAGCUUUAUUUAGAUCCACCCAAAUCUCAAACUUUGAUAUAUUAGUGUUGCUGUCAGGUAGAAUCUCCUCUAAUCAGACAUGAACUACCACUGUGACUUCAUGUGACAUAUUUUUAUCAGCUUUGAAGAUGUAGACACAAAUAUUUUCUGACCUAACUGUGUGUUCUCAGCAUGCUACUGUUGGUCCUGAUAAUAUGUGGGAAUACUGUACAGAUUUACCCUCUAAAAGCACUUUCAUGGGAAAAAUGACAGUGGUCGUGUUCGUCACCCUCCAGUCAUACACUGUAGCCCCGCCCCCCAGCAUCCUCUGUCAUCCUGAAGGACAAACGCGCGUUUGUUUUUGGCAAUAUGACGAACAUAUUUGACAUUCUGAGCUCCAUAUCAGUCACUUUUUUGUGUUGAAGUGAAACUCAAAGAGCAUGAAAUGGAAACUGCACUGAAGAUAAAUGUUCUGAAUAUUUUUGUAGAUUUGUUCCCUUAUUUAUUUGUCUGAUAAUGGUCAGUGAAGA